AUGGGUAAAGGUAGUAAAAACUGGGAUCCACCUACGAUCGUCAAUGAUCAACAACAAGAUACAUCUUUGUUGACAACAACAGAUCUCAUUUUGAAUAAUGAUGAAAAUAGAGUAAGACAAUUUACAUGGGAAGAAAUUCGUUGUCAUUCAACUACUAAAGAUCGAUGGUUAGUGAUUGAUAAUCGAGUUUAUGAUGUUACGAAAUGGUUGAAACAUCCAGGUGGACAAAUGGUUCUUAGACAUUAUGCCGGACAAGAUGCUAGUGAAGCAUUUCAUGCUCUUCAUCCUAAUAUGUCUCAUGUUAAAAAAUAUCUUAAAACAUUUUAUAUUGGUGAUCUAAGCAAAGAUAAUAUUAGUGAUGAUCAAUCAUUAAAAGAUGAUUUUGAACAAUUACGACAAAAGGCUAUUUCAAAAAAACUUUUUCAACCAAGUGUUUUAUUUUUCGUUCUAACAUGUUUACAUAUAUUAAUUUGUGAAUUUGCUGCUUAUUUUGUUUUAUUUCAAUUUGGUACAAGUUGGUUACCAUAUUUAAUUGCACUUGUUUUAUAUAUUAUUGCUGAAGCACAAUGUGGUUGGGUUCAACAUGAUUUUGGACAUUUAUCUGUAUUUAAAACAAGUACAUGGAAUCAUUUAUUACAUCAAUUUUAUAUUGGUUUCGUAAAGGGAGCAAGUGCUAAUUGGUGGAAUAAUAUGCAUUUUCAACAUCAUUCAAAACCAAAUGUUAUUGAUAAAGAUCCUGAUACACGUAUUGAACCAAUAUUUGUGCUUGGUGAUAAAAUUCCAAUUAGAGCAGCUCAUAGAAAUGCUAAAUAUGGAAAAAAUUUACCAUAUCAUCUUCAAUAUUUAUAUUUCUUUAUUGCUGCACCACUUUUAUUUCCUCUCUAUUUUCAAUUUAUGACAAUAAAACAUGCAAUUAACCGACAAAAAUGGAUGGAUCUUGUGUGGUUAACAUUGUAUUAUGUUAAAUAUUUUUCAAUAAUGCCAUUAAAACUUGGUUUAAUUGGUGCAUUGAAAUUCUAUUUUUUGAUUCGAGUAUUUGAGGGUACUUGGUUCGUAAUUGUAACACAAUCAAAUCAUGUUGUUAUGGAUGUAUCACAUGAUGAUGAAAAAUUAAGUUGGUUUCGAAUGCAAUUAAAAGCAACAUGUAAUAUUGAAAAAUCAUAUUUUAAUGAUUGGUUUACAGGUCAUUUAAAUUUUCAAAUUGAACAUCAUUUAUUUCCUACAAUGCCUCGUCAUAAUUAUUAUAAAAUUCAACCGGAUGUGAUUAAAUUAUGUCGAAAAUAUAAUAUUCCUUAUGUUGUUAAACCGAUUGGACAAGCAUUUAUUGAUAUAUUUACUUCAUUGGAAAAAUCUGGUCGAAUGUGGCGUGAAACUUAUGAAGAAUUAAUGAAUGCGUCUAGUUCAAUAAAAUCAAAUAUAUAA